AUGAAUCCAAACACUUUCUUGAGAUCUACUUUGAAAAAUAAUAAGCCAUUUUUCAUUACAACACCGAUAUUCUAUGUAAAUGCACGUCCUCAUGUAGGUCAUUUAUACACGCUGCUACUGGUUGAUGCGAUAGCCCGGUACAACAAACUAAAAUCCAACGUGUCUGUCAUCUCCACCACUGGAACUGAUGAGCAUGGUAUGAAAAUACAAAAAGCUGCACUGGCAGCUGGUAUGAAGCCGCUUGAGUUUUGUUCCCAAAAUUCCCAACACUUUGCAAAUUUAGCAGUGAAGGCUAACACGGACUUCACUCACUUCAUUCGUACUACCAAUAAACAUCACGUUUAUGCAGUACAUAACUUUUGGGAGGCGUUUAGUAGCAAGUGGAUGCGUUUAUACAUCACAACAUUCCAGGUUGGAAAGAAUUACCAUUUUCGAUUAAGUCAUUGGACACAAACAUUAUUGCGACACUAUCAUCAACAUCCUGACUUCGUGCAACCCGCUGUGUACCACGACGCCGUGGUCGCUGAGCUGGAAAGGGGUUUGAAAGAUUUGAGCAUAUCCCGGCCAACCAGCCGCAUUCCCUGGGGCAUUUUGACUCCAGGUGAUCCAACCCAAACAGUGUAUGUUUGGUUAGACGCUCUUGUAAAUUAUGUCUCUGCAAUUGGUUACCCUUGGCAAUUCUCAAUUAAUGGAACAGACCAGUGGAUGGCCGGCCGAUGUGCAUGUCAUUGGGAAAGAUAUUGGUGCGGUUUUCAUUGCAUUUAUUGGCCAGCAUUCUUACUUGCUGCCGGACUUAAACUUCCUAAACACAUUCUUGUUCACGGCCACUGGACGAUGAAAGACAUGAAAAUGUCCAAGUCGCGAGGAAAUGUCGUUGAUCCUUUUCAGUUGCUCGAACGCUAUGGUGUCGAUUCCGUGCGAUAUUACCUACUGAAACAUGGCCGACUAGCAAACGAUGCAAAUUUUGACGAGAACGGUAUUCAAAGCACAUUGGAAUCGUGA